AGUCAGAAAGGGGCCAUGAUGCUUUGCUGAGUGCGCAUGGGCGCAUGAGGGUGACGAUGAAAGGGGCGCCAGCCUAGCCUCAGGGACCUUCAGCUACUAGGUACAGUAGGUAGAAGGAUUAAGGUCAAGCAAUUGCAUUUUCCCUGUAGAGGUUCUCAGAAAAGCUUAGCCUUAUGUAUUCUGAGGAAUAGUUUCUAGGAAUGCGUCACUUCAUUUAGGAUUAGCUUAGAAAGCAAGUAGCUGCCCCAGUUCGUGGCCAACUCAAGCAGUUGGUCUUUGAGCAACUGCGAGAGUUUGGAGCUGUGGAAGCAUUCUGCGGCUCCUUGGGCGGAAAGGUGUUCCAUCUCUAAGCUUAUGGUUUUCACUCGCCUGCCCUGGGAAGGACUUGUGCACAUUAGUAAGCAACAUGGCCGGUCAGCUUCGGGUUGGCGUACCAUUUGUGCAGCUUAUGCACAGGUACCGUGCGAUAGCUCCUCGGCCCCUCCAUGGGGAGCCCGUCAAGACGGAGGACAGCUCAAAGACACCGCAGGGUUCCGGGUCUACUUGCAGUGGCAGAACGACCCCCCACUUUGAGGGGCAGGAUACCACAGGGAAGCAGGGAGUGAAAAGGGGGUGUAACUUUGAGCAGCCUGCGGCCAAGAGGAUGAAGCGAGGGGACGCACAAGUGGCGUCAAUGAGGACUUUUGAGCUGCCCACGCCGAUCGCCCUUCCCAGGACGCAGCCAGGGAGAUUCGCAGCUGGGCCAGUGGAAACCAAGAACUCCAGGUACAUGCUCAACUUCCAGCCCCCCUUGCCCUUCUGCCCCACCGCCCCCGGCCCCGCUCAGGCCCCGUUUCCCCCUCCGACGUACCCAACUUCCAGCCUCAGCCGCUAUCAGAGCAGCACCACAGGGCCCCCGUUACCCCUCCAGCACUUUCCCCCCUACAGCCAGGUCAACGGGGGCACAGUCCUGGGGGUUCCUGUCUCCCGCUCUCUUUCCGAGCAAGUCGUCCCGACCAAUCACUUCCCGCCACGUCAGCAGCACUCGAGCCCCUGCCCCAGCGAGGGCGCAGUCACAACGGGGGGAUUCAGCACGCCGCCCCUGCUGGUGGUCGCCCCACAAAACGGGUCUGCAAAGGCGAAGGGGGAGAAAGAGAAGGAGAAAGGCUCAGGGAAGCCCCGGGGCUUGGUGCCCAUCGCCCCCAAGUCGGAGCCUUUGCGCCCGGCCCUGCCAUCUUCUGGGGGGGUCCAGGCCUCUUUCCGAAGCUCGGGGGGGUUCCGGGUGUUUGGGGCGAAGGGAUUCCCGCUGAAGCGUACGCCGAUAAGCUACCCCCGGGCGCCACUUGUCCCACCAAUUCAGGGGAAAGUCAUCCGGGCGUGGCCAGUGAAACAAGAACCAGUCUCUGUGGCGUCGCCGUUCGCCAGAGGCAGGGGUUUUGCAGAGUCCAAGUCGCUCGGUUCCGGAGGCUCCGGGUUCCGGCAGUUUACCCGGCCAGAAACGAAACGGGGGGAGCCUUCCUCCGGGGAAAAGACGGUGGAGUUUCCGGCCCAUGGGGGCUCGAGCCACAGCCCCGCAAUUCUGGACAGUCUGUACUUAGAGCAGCUGUACGGGGCGUUUGUGGAACCGGUGAUGGUCACCGACCCGGAGCAUAAGCUUCUGUGGUCGAACCGGGCAUUCCAGAGAGCGGCGGACGAAAACCAGGGCGGGUGUCUAGGGAAAACGAGCAAGGAUGCGCUGCCGUCCGAGGGAGUGCCCAGAACGGGACCAGACAGCGACACAGCCGCCAAGAACCAUGAAGCGGCCUUGAGCAAUGAGUCUGGCGCAGGUUGCAAGUCUGCUUCAGAGGAUGAUACCAGUGGGCAGAGCGGAUCCUUUCUGAGGAAUGGAUCCGCUCUUGACACUGCUUCUGUGCCCGGGAGCGAUCAGAGGCUCAAGAACGAACCCAUGUCAAAGAGCGGGGUGACAGCAGACAGUGCAGGAAACGGCGCUCGGGAAGCCGAGUCGGAGAUCCCCCAGACGCCUGCAAACAAGAGCGCUAUCCCGGUCCCCAUCUCCUCCAUCCAGUACCAGGGCCCCUCAGAAACCCCUCCAUGCGCCGCGAUCCUCUGGGUGUUCCUCAAGCAGCCGGGGUUUCUCGCGGCGUCAGCGCCCCCCUCGUCAAAGCCCAACCCUUCGACUCCCGUCGCGGACGCGUCGUCACUGCUCGGCGGCGCCUCAGACGUCGUCUCCAAAGGGGACGACUCGUCGUCGGGGAGCUCGUCGUCGACCAACAGUUUUGCGACCGCCACCUCUCAGGAGCGCCGCAAAAGUGCUCGAGGCAAGUCCCCGGGUGGGAGUGCCCCGGGUGUGAACGAGCCCCCGCUCAGGGUGGUAACGCCCCGGCCACUUCGCCCGGCCGGCUCGACGAUUCGCUUCGAGGACAUUGAGCCGCUCGCGAGCAAUGCCUCCCUCGCGGUCAAGGGCAGCUUCGAGCUGAUCAAGCGCCAGUUCGACCGGUGGUCCAGCCCGGUGAUCCUCACCGACCUCAAGAACCGGGCGCGGUGGGUGAACGCCGCGUAUAAGAAGCUUGUCGGGCAGCCCCCCUGCGCGUGGUCGGUCGACGGGAGCAACCUCGAGCAGCUGCGGCUGACGGGGGGCAUCAGUAUUGCGGGCUUGGAGGCAUUGAAAACGCUCCCCGCGUCGCUGAAAUGUACGGCGACCGUGAACUGGCCGGAGGGCGGGGAGGGUCGCCCCCUCGAGAGCUGCUGCAUGGGGACGCGCAUCGACAGCGUGGGGUCCGAAGUGCUGGGCUAUUUGUGGCGGUUUGGGACGCCACUGAGCGGACAAACGGCUUCGGGAGCCGGGGAAAACGUCGCGCGGGGGAACGCGAGCGAUUAAUGGGUAGACGGACGUGUGUAUAAGACGACAGUAGAAGGACAUACAAGGUGGCGCAGCGGCGGGGGCGCGCGGGUCCCGAAGUCGACCCGAUAGCAAGGUGUGUACAUCUGUGAGAUAAACACUAACGAGUGCGAGAACUAAGAAAGGUCUAGUCUAGAGAGAAGCUGUGCUUUCGGAGGCUAGAACCUGGACUUCCUGUGUAGAGUAUGGCAUACGCGUGUGAAUGAUCAGCAUAGGCAGUCUCCUCCAGUUUGCCCGUCAAGAGCAUGUUUCCUGCAUCAAGGAUUUGUGUGAGUAGUAUAGCCGGCACGCGCAAGGUGAAAUAGUUAGCAACAACAGUAGGCAUCUGCAUAUAAGUGAGCUUGUGUUUGUGAGGUACGGUUUGGAACUGUGUGCGAUCUGCAAUAUUGUCAAAGGCGUUAAGCAGUGAGUAGGCUAUGAAUACUCAAGAAGAUAGCAGGUUGAAGAUUGUUGUAGGCUGAGAUACUCUCAAGUCAACAGUCUGGAGAGCGUAGAGUGUAGAGCGGCAAUAAAAGGAUUUGUGUUUGAUUGAGUUUUGAGUGGAUUGUGAGACGAACCCUACAGAAGAAAGUGGACGAACACCGGAGUCCCACUGGAGCCAGCUAGGAACUGAAGUGCUGUUCCUCGAGCAGAUUGGUUUCAGAGAAUUGUUGCGGUUCAGCUAUAAAAUGCAAGCAUGGUGGUUCAUUGUGAGAUGUGUCAUGCACCACAGGCCG